AUGGUAGACUCUCCCCUUAUCCUCAUCACUGGCGUUACUGGUUUUAUCGGUUUCCGAGUCCUCUUGGAUGCUCUUGAACAGGGUUACACUGUUCGUGCAGCUGUUCGUUCAGCCGCACAAUCCUCCUUCAUUCGCACUCAUCCCAAACUCAGCGCCUUGGCUCCUGGAAGCAGAUUGUCUUUCGUAGAAGUGCCAGAUCUCUCUCUUCCGGGAGCUUAUGACCAGGCCACCAAGGAUGUGACUUACAUCAUUCAUCUCGCAUCUCCACUUCCUUCGCCCUUGCUUGAUCCACAAACUGGGAUUUACGAACCUACGGUCAAGGGGACUGAGAAUAUGCUCAGUGCUGCGCUUCAGACGCCUUCGGUGAAGAAGCUGGUCAUCACAUCAUCGGUGUUUGGCAAUAUGCCUUUUCCUCCAGGCCCUGCGAAGGAAAUCACUCCCGAGACUAGACAGCCAGAUCUGCAAGGUCCAUUUGAGUCAAUGCUUCCAGCAUACAUAGGCGGCAAGAUCAAUGCACUAAAUGCAAUUGACAGGUUUGUCAAGACCCACAAGCCCUCUUUUGACAUUGUCAAUGUUUUCCCAGGCUUUGUCUUUGGUCCUGAUGACAAAGCCCUCAACGUCGAGGAUCUUACCGCUGGCACCAAUAAAGUUCUCUUACCCAUCUUUACUGGAGGAUUUGCUGACUCUGCUUUGCCUUCUGGCGUUGCUCAUGUUUUUGAUGUUGCCAAGGUUCAUAUGCUGGCUUUGAAGGCCGGUGUGCCUUAUAACCUCGGUGUCACUCAACCACAUGUCUUCGACGAUGCCUGGAAGAUCAUCGAGAAGCAUUUCCGCAAGUCUGUGAAAGAAGGGGUCUUUACCCAAGGUCGUCAAUCUACUGUUCCAGUCAACUGGAAUGCACAUAAGACUGAAAUCGAUCUCGGCAUCAAGUUCAAAACUUAUGAGGAUAUUGUGGUCGAUGUAGCUAAUCAGUAUCUUGAGCUGUCUGGUGAGGAGAAAGCUUGA